AUGAGGAAGAUUGUUGUGGUGCAUAAGAAGAUUGCCAAAUGUAAAGGUCCUUUAACUCCAGGAGCUACUGAAUUGUUGCAAACUAUCAAGAAUGAAGCUGCAGAGUACACUGUAAUUUGGACUGGAGGGUCAAAGUAUCAGGUGAGCACACACUUUAAUGACCACCAAGACCAAAGGGUUGUGAGUUUGGAUGAAAGGACCUGCUCUUGUAGAAGAUGGGAUCUCACAGGUAUCCCUUGUAGACAUGCAGUUGCAUGUAUCUGGGAUAUGGGAUUGCAUGGUAGAGGUGAUGGAGUUCCGGAAAAAUGGGUUCAUCCAGUUUACUGGCUAGAGACUUGGAAAGAGGUGUACAAGCAUACUGUUGAACCAGUGAAUGGCAGUGACUUAUGGCCUAAAUCUGCAUGCCCAACCACCUUGAUUCCUCCAAAGUAUCAUGCCCAGGUUGGGAGGCCAAAAAAGAAAAGAAAAAAGUCUGCAGUGGAGGUAGCAGAGGCCAAGGCUGCAUCACAGGAAAAAAAAGAAGGAAAAAAAUAA